AUGUUUGAUACAACUUCAAUUUAUCCUGAAUCAAUUCUCCCAAGUUUUUUGUCAUCAAUUAAUAAAUGGUACAUAGAAAACUUCAAUGAUCCAUUAUAUACUACUACAAGAAUUUGGUUUAAAAGUUUUUUAUUUUGUGAAUUAUUUUUACAAUUACCAUUCUUUUUUUAUGCUUCAAUCAGUUUAUGGAAAGGCGAUAAAUCAAUCAGAUUACUGCUGCUAAUCUAUGCAAGUCAUACAGCCACAACAACUCUAGCUUGUAUUAGUGAAUUGAUGUUUGGUAGUAAUGAGGGAUUAAGUGAAUCUCAAAGAAAUUUUUUAUUGAUGGUCUAUACACCUUAUCUCAUAUUGCCUUUGAUAAUGAUUAUAGAUUCAUAUAAACAAUUACGUGAAGCAGAAAAGGGAAAAACUGAUUAUUAUGCACGUAAAAAAUUGGUUGUUCAAGCAAAGAAUAAGUAUAAUUCACCAAAAUAUCGAUUAGUUGUUCGUUUCACCAACACAGACGUCAUUGUUCAAAUUGUAUAUGCCAAAAUCGAAGGAGAUUAUGUUCUAGCAGCAGCUUAUUCACAUGAAUUAAAAAAAUAUGGUAUUAAAAUUGGAUUAACAAAUUGGGCAGCAGCAUAUGCAACAGGUUUAUUGGUAGCUCGACGUGUUCUCACUAAACUUAAUUUAGCAGACAAGUAUCAAGGAACAAAAGAACCAGAUGGUAAAGUUGCUCCAGUUGAGGCAAUUGAUGAUGACGAUUCACCUUCCCCAUUCAAAGCAUUUUUAGAUGUUGGAUUGAAACGUACAUCUACUGGAUCUAAAGUUUUUGCGGUGCUUAAAGGUGCUUCUGAUGGUGGUAUUUUUAUUCCACAUGGAGAAAAUAGAUUUCCAGGUUAUGACACAGAAUCGAAAUCACUUGAUUCAAGUAUCCUUCGUAAAUAUAUUUAUGGUGGACAUGUGGCAGACUAUAUGCGCUAUCUUCAGGAUGAGGAUGAUGACAAGUAUAAACGACAAUUUUCCAAAUUUAUCGAAACUGGAAUUUGUGCUGAUGAUUUAGAGCGUAUUUAUAAAGAAGCACAUACCAAGAUCCGUAGUGAUCCUGUAUUUAAACCUACAGACAAGAAAGGAGAUUAUAAGGACUUUAAGAAGUACAAGAAGUUUAGAUUGAAUUUGAAACAAAGAAGAAACAAAGUCCAACAAAAGAUAGAAGCUUAUAGGGCAAAAAAUCAAGGAGAAGACGAAUAA